ACGGCGGAAGCAUGGAGGGCGAGAGCACGUCGGCGGUGCUGUCGGGCUUUGUGCUCGGCGCGCUCGCCUUCCAGCACUUCAACACCGACUCGGACACGGAAGGAUUUCUCCUCGGAGAAGUGAAAGGUGAAGCCAAGAAUAGCAUCACUGAUUCCCAAAUGGAUGAUGUUGAAGUCGUUUAUACAAUUGACAUUCAGAAAUAUAUCCCGUGCUAUCAGCUUUUUAGCUUUUACAAUUCUUCUGGUGAAGUAAAUGUACAAGCACUGAAGAACAUACUAUCACGUGCUAAAACGAAUGUAGUUGGUUGGUACAAAUUCCGACGUCAUUCAGACCAGACCAUGACAUUUAGAGAAAGAUUGCUUCACCAAAAUUUGCAGACAUUUAUUUCAACCCAGGAACUUGUUUUUCUACUGUUAACACCAAGUAUUAUAACAGAAAGCUGCUCUACUCAUCAGCUGGAACAUGCCCUAUACAGACUUCAGAAAGGGCUUUUCCACAGGAUCCCAUUGGUGGUGGCCAACCUGGGCAUGUCCGAACAGGUGGGCUAUAAGACGGUGUCAGGCUCCUGCGUGUCCGCGGGUUUCCACCGGGCGGUGACGACACACAGCUCUGCAUUUUUUAAAGAAGAUGGAUCUUUACAGGAGAUACAAAAGAUAAAUGAAAUGUAUGCUUCUUUACAAGAAGAAUUAAAGAGUAUAUGCAUGAAAGUAGAACAAAGUGAGCAAGCAGUGGAGAGACUGCUCAGGGACGUCAACAGAUUAAAAGGGGAAGUGAGAAAGAGAAGACAAGCACAGAGUGAAGAAGGAAAGAAAGCCGUGCAGGACGAGCCCCGGGAGAACGAGUGGCUCUGCCAAGCCCUGCGGACCUUCUUCCCCACCUGCGCGCUUCUGCACUCCUGUGUGGUCUCCCUGCGGGGCCGGCGGCUCUCAGCCAGUGCCUGCACGGCCACCCACCCACUGCCCGUGGCCGACAGCCUGACCCUGAUGGUGGAGUGCCCCGACGUCCCCGAGCUGGGCCCCGAGCCCCGGCCGGCCAAGCGGCCAGCCCGAGAGGCCAGCACCCAGUGGCGAGUGAAGAGGAGCCGGCGAGGCCGAGCGAGCCCCCCGGAUGCCAGCAGCAGCCCCGAGAGCGACGACGGGGACGGGCAGCCUGGCAGGAGCCGCUACCCGCACUCACCCACCUUCUGA